GUCAGUGGAGCGGGGCGUGAGGGUGACGUAAUUUCCGGUUACACCAAAUCGCUGGAGAAAGAUGGCGACCGUCAUCACUGUGCGGGCUCCAUUCGCGUUUAUGAGACGCCUGGUCUCUGCUCGCCUGCACAGACACUGCUGCUCGAAGCUCCAGGCUGCUUGCUUUGUAUCCCAACCCCACUCAUAUUCCCUCAUCGCUGGACAACAGCAUCGCUUCUUUCACACAAGCUAUGUUGCAGCAAGACCAGUUUUGCAGUUCAAGCUCUCAGAUAUCGGAGAGGGCAUUAUGGAAGUUACAGUUAAAGAAUGGUAUGUGAAAGAAGGCGACAAAGUGUCUCAGUUCGACAGCAUCUGUGAAGUACAGAGUGACAAAGCGUCUGUCACCAUCACCAGCCGUUACGAUGGAAUCAUUCGCAAACUCCACUAUGAUGUCGAUUCCAUUGCCCUUGUAGGCAAACCUCUUGUUGACAUUGAAACGGACGCAGGUCAAGUGGAGGGUCCUCAGGAGGAUGUGGUGGAGACGCCAGCCAUGUCCCAAGAGGAGCACACGCACCAGGAGAUCAAAGGUCACAAGACCCAGGCCACCCCUGCCGUCAGACGCUUAGCCAUAGAGAACAAUAUUAAAUUAAGUGAAGUCGUCGGCACUGGAAAAGAUGGCCGUAUUCUCAAAGAAGACAUCCUGAACUUCAUAGCCGGACAGACGGGGGCCAUCUUACCCCCAGCGCCCUUCCAGGAGAUUCGUCCUCCCCCUCCUGCGGCCGCAGCACCUUUGGCUCCAGCUGCGAAGCCCAAAGAGAAGAUGACUCCACCUAGUGUACCCACUCCUGCGAUCCCUAAACCCGUUUUCACAGGCAAAGACCACACUGAACCCAUUAAAGGCUUUCAGAAGGCAAUGGUUAAGACUAUGUCAGCAGCCCUGAAGAUCCCUCACUUUGGUUUCAAAGAUGAAGUGGAUCUGAGCCAGCUGGUCCGGUUGCGCUCCGAGCUAAAAGGCCUGGCAGAGUCGCGAGGAGUGAAGCUCAGCUACAUGCCGUUCUUCAUCAAGGCAGCAUCUCUUGGUCUCCUCCAUUUUCCCAUUCUCAACUCUUCUUUGGAUGAAAACUGCACAAAUAUCACCUAUAAGGCUGCUCAUAACAUUGGACUGGCGAUGGAUACCAAUCAAGGUCUUCUGGUACCCAACGUCAAGAACGUACAGAUGCUCAGCGUAUUUGAACUCGCAGUGGAGCUCAACCGCCUGCAGACGUUGGGAGCGGCAGGGCAGUUGGGGACCGCUGACCUCACGGGGGGAACGUUCACGCUCUCAAACAUUGGAUCGAUUGGAGGAACCUAUGCAAAGCCGGUCAUAUUGCCGCCCGAGGUUGCCAUCGGUGCUCUUGGGAAGAUCCAGGUGCUGCCCCGAUUCAACCACAAGGGCGAGGUAGUGAAAGCGCACAUCAUGAACGUGAGCUGGUCCGCCGACCACAGGAUCAUCGACGGAGCCACCAUGUGUCGUUUCUCCAACCUGUGGAGAUCGUACCUGGAAAACCCCGCUUCCAUGGUCCUGGAUCUGAAAUAGAAAGCACACUUCCUCCAAGCACAUCUAGAUGUUUGACUCCGUCUCCCGACACUAAAGAUUUUUCGUUACUGGGGCACUGAGCUGUUUGAGCCAUUGGUUUCCAUCAUGACUGAAGAACAUUUCCACAACGUCAUGAAGCUAAUAACUGGUGUUUUGUUGUUUUUCUUCUUAAUUCUUUCCUCUUGUUGCCUUACUGACAUCAGAUGUUACAUCUACCAGAGCGUAUUGUGUAUUGUUGAAUGUUAGAGAAUAUGAACUCAGUGUAGCAAUAUGAAAACGUACCCGUGAUGUUUUUGUAAAUUAACUUUCCACAUACUGUAAAAUCUCCAAUGGUGUUGCACAAGGGUUUUUAAAAGUGAUAUUUGUUAGUGGAUAACAUUUAAAAAUAGUCUGGGUUCAUCUCAUGAAAAUGUCACCCGAAAAAAUUAU